GAACACAAACACAGCGGAGGUGCGCGAGGGCCAGAGAGAAGCGCGGAGAAAGUGACAUUUCCAUCUUUUCAUGCGCUGCUUAUUAAACACAUUUAAUCAUUCUCAAGCGACACGAGGAAGUAAACAUGCAAAUCCCGAUUAGGCGCGAGUUUGCUCGUGCAUUUAGGAAAUAAUUGCGUUUGGUGAUGUUUACUUUAUGCACGCUUGAUGCAACAGCGUUAUUGAGCUCGAUAUUAAGACAGACUUAAAGUUGAGACAUGGGAUCGAAGCUGACCAGGCAGAGUAGUUUGGACAGCCAGGCGACUUUUUUUCGGAGGGGACGCCAGCGUCAUGACACGGAUAAGAUGGGCAGAAGAGGAAGAGAAGAGUUGUUCAGUUCUUUGAUGGUCCGAUCGGACAAGCUGCCCGGGAUGCUGCGCAAAUCCAGUCCCAGUCCGUAUGUGCGCAGAGUGGCUUGGGUUCGGGAACUCCAAACCCUGCUGAAAGAACACAAGGUGGAACAAGCCACCGACGUGUUGAAACUGCUCAGAAAGGACUUGGGUCUUGAGGGAACAUCUCUUAACGAGAUCCUCUACAAAAAUGCAGCCUUCCUCAACUUGGUGGAUCCAAUUUCCCAUGAGCUUCUCCUCAAUUUGGCCCGGGACAUGCAGUGUCCGAAACGGGAGUCUGAUGCUCUCAAAUCCUCUGAGAAGAUCUGCAGGCAGCUGGUCUAUCACCUGACCCCACACUCCAAGUGGAGCAAGCAGAACGUGCCCAGGAGGAAAUCUCAGGCCUGUCUUAAAACUACACUGAAAAAGAAAUUAGCUAAUGAUACCAUGGAUCUGUCUGGUAUCCCUCUCUCUGGACGUGAUUUGCAUCGUGUGGCAUACUACCUUCAGAACAAUGGUUCAUCGGUAACGGCAGUGGACCUCAGCUUUACGGAGCUCUUGGACGAGAGCCUCCGACAUCUUUUACCAUUCUUAGGGGUGUUACCCAAACUCUACACGCUUGCUGUCAACGGAAACCGACUAACUGUAGCUAUCCUUAAAGACCUGAUAGAGAUGGUCAAGGACCCCAAGAAGUUUCCCAGUUUGGCCUGGGUGGACAUAGGAAACAACGUGGACAUCUUUACUGUCCCGCAGCAAUUGCUGGUCGCUCUCCGCAGGCGCUUUGGAUUGAGAAGUAGCCUGCCAACCAUUUAUGAAUAUAAUGAGAAUCACAGCAGUAGCUACUACCUAGACACGUCUACUGAAGACAAUAGUGUGUUUGAGGAGAAAGAGCAGGAGGACGAGCUGGAGGACCAUCUGGUUUUGGAAUCCUGGAAUGUAGAAAGGAGGAGUGAGAACAUUACAUUGCAUUUCUGUGAGAGAUGAUGGGCCAUAGAUCUUUGUGGUUCUAUGUGGUUCUCUUGCUCUUAUUGUCAUGGUCUGGUAUUUAAACCCUAAAAGAAUGUCAAAAAGAACCACCCUGUUAAAUCAAGAGUCUGAAGGUUUGAAUUUGAAAGAAGAGCCUACAAAGGUUAAAAAACUGUGCCGUCCAAAUACUGACUAACCAUGACGAUAAUCAAUAAGGACAAAGAUGUUUCAAAUUUGUAGCUCUUGGAACAUUUCGAAUAAAAGUUGUUCAGCCCAAAACAGUUUUUGCUGCCCACACCAGCAGCUCCUGGGCCUCUGAUCUAAAACGUUUACAUAGCCGAAUGCUGGCCUCUGGGAAAGCUUUUGUCUAGAGAUGAUUUGCCCAAUUUGAGAGGAGCUGAGAGCAGAGCUAGGUGAGAGAGGAGAAUUCAAGGGCUGGUGUGUGUGUACUGGAAAACAGCUUAUAAAUGAUACAUAAUGAUAUUUAUUAAGAAUGCAGAAAGGUUUGUGUGUUUAUUAGGUUUAGGUGUUGGGGUAGGGCUAUAUCAGUUAAGCCUGAUAUAAAAUCAAUGGAAGUCUAUGGAAUGUCCCCAUAAAACAUGGCAACCAGUGUGCGUGUGUGUGUUUUUAUAUGUAAGCUUAUGAUGCAAAUGUAGCCAGAGCUCAUUAGAGAGGACCAGACACAUGGAUGGCCAGGAGACUUUUGAUGCUACAUAGCCGAUGUGAUUAUUUUUUGAUUAAAUCUCACCCAGUUUGCAACAUGUUUCACAAGCACAGGAAUCAACAGCUGUGUGGUGUUUUUAAGGUUUUAUAACACAUUUUGUUUAAUUUAUGUCAAUACUUCCUAUUUAUAAAAUCAUUCGUUUCCGAGCUAAACUCUGUAAAUGUUUUCUCAUGCUGUGAGUGUGUGUCAAUGCAUGAGUGUUCUACAAUAAAUGCGACCUUUUAUGCUGCCCUUCGCUCCACAGGAGGUUCCAACGCGGUUUCCUUUACAGACGAUCUGUCUGAGUUGCACUUUUCCUGUUGGCUGGUCAUCUCCAGUUACUGACCUUUCGUGGUCCUGUGUCUGACUCCAGCAAAAGAAUUUGCAUUGUAGUAUGCACCAGAUGUAAAUGUCACAAAAUGCACUCUUAAAAACAGUUGCUUCAAAAGGUUCUUCCAUGCCUUUUGGUUCCAUAAAGAACCUUUAACAUCUGAAGAACCUUUCUGUUUCACAAAAGGUUCUUUGUGGCAAAAAAUGUGCUUCAGAUUAUAAAAAGGUAAGAAAGAGAUGGUUCUUUAAAGAACCUUUGGCUGAAUGGUUCUUUUAUUGCAUCGCUGUGAAGAACCUUUUAAGCGCCUUUAUUUUCAAGAGUGUGUGUGACUUUUGUGGAUUACAUAAAGCACCUGUAGAGAAUUUAUUCUGUUUCUUCCUAACAAUUUUAUAUAUAAAAUAAUUACAUGAUCAUGGGUUUGUUUAUCAAGAAACACAACUUAUAUCUUAUAUAAUGCACAGAAUAUUGUUUUAAAAAAAUGUUUUUAAGUGUCUAAGUGUCUGCUGAAUGCUAAACUAUAAAAGUAGAACGACGAAACGUGAAUGGAAACGUUGAUGGUUAAAACAUGGUGUACCAGUGCGCUUCUGUUGUGCUCUCCUGUAUACACAACUAAAGUCUCGUUUUAUUGAGAAGCUUGAUCUUGUCUCGUAUUUUCCUGUUCCAUUUCUCCUCUUGGUGUGAUCAAUAUUUCUCAGUGUCUGUGUUUGU